CCGAUAGCGCAAUUGGUGUGAUGCUGUGGGUCUACAAAUCUGUAACCGCCGCACCAAACUCGAUAUAGUGGCAUCAAGUGGCGAGGACAGUUCGUUUCGAACCUUGGACCCGGCUGCACAUAUAAUCCGGAAGGUGUUUUUUCAACAACAACAAAAAACGGUUUUGUGUUAGAACUAGAUUUUGCUUAGUGGUCUGCUAUAGUGCUCAGGGAGUUAUCCCUCGACUGCAUCGACCGCCAGAACGACGUUGUAAUCUAUGAUUCAUUUCGCGAUAUUUUCCCUACCGAGCACAGGUAGAAUCUACCGUCGAGUACACAGCGCUCCCUUGGCACUGAUCCGGUCGGCUGCGGUUUCGAAUACCAUCUCCAGUUCAGUGUCAGUUGUGUUUUAUAAAUAAAGUGGUGACGCGCGGGCAUUAUUUAUUGGAUAUUGAACCGAUCGCCGCUGGAACUGGCCAUUAGAGGACCCCAUUUGCAAACAAUAAAGGUGUGAAUGUUGUUAACGAUUCUUGCCGUUGCGGGUGAUGUGCGGCUGAACUGUGUUUGUGAUCGUGCACGCGGUGCUUCUCGGAGAUAAACAAACAAUGUCGACCCGGGGCGAAUUAGCGUGAUCAUUCGAUGAGCAACAAGAGCGACGCGUCCCACGGAAUACGGAUCUUGACCGUCAAAAGCUGGCGGUGUUCCACUCGAAACGAUCCAGUAUAUUAUUGCCCCAUCCACUGACGGAAUUUGUCGAGGGCACUGUGUCCGUUACGUGUGUGUGUGUUCUCGCGCCCAUAUUAUGGCACUUUCGGAAUGUGAUUGGUAACAUUUGACGCUUUAUUCAAGUGAAACGGAUUAAUUGAACGUUAACCGCGAUUGUUCCGACCGACCCGACGUUCGGUGACAGCGCGGCCCGGUUAUUCAUGUCACGUUGUGCUUUGAAAAAAAAGGAUACUGGCAAAUAUCCCGUGAUUGAUAUCAUCCCAGAACAAUCAAAAGAAGAGCGGAACGUGCGGAGCAUCAGAAAUAACGUGAAUUUCCAAAGCCACUCCGUCGUAUAGCCCCGGUGAUUACUUGAAGUAUUCCACGGCGAAUGUCCAUCCGCUGCAUUUAAUUGCCCCCUCCUUGCCCGGGGCACCACUGUAACGGUGAUGACAGAUAUGACCACCAUCGACUAAAGGUGAAGUGAAGCAAUUUUUCCUAAUAGAAACACAGUUGGAUCCUGUUCUGGGGUGGCAAAAACGCGUUUCCCCUGUGCCCUUGUUAGUGAGAAUAGUGAAAAGCGAAACCAUAAUGUUGGCGUGCUAAGUGGAAACAAACGGAAGUUGGCGGGCAAUUCCCGUUGGUCAUGAAAAGAGCUACCCGCAGUACGAACUGGAUAAAACUCUUCACAGUGGUUUUGCAGUAAAUGGUAAAAGUUGUUAAGAGGAUAAGCUGAAGCGAACAACGGGGGAUUACCUACUUUUCAUCUUCAUCAUCACAAAAAUGUCUCCAACAUCGUUUCGCGGCGCAAUUUUAAUUGGCCAUUAACAUGGAAACCAAUUCCAAUGAUCGAUGUGCACACACACAGAACCUAGCAGCUACACAACGUGCGAGCACCAACGGGACCGAUUCGGUGGGAUCGUCUUCGCAGUUCACACCGCAAUUGGUGCUACCAACAAUCACAACGAAAAUAUCGAAACUUUUGACAGAUCUCAGUUCGGUUCCCCAGGCAACGGACGAAGGUGCCCCACGAAGCGGCAGUGUUGCGGAGUCCGAAGCGAACAGCAAAGCCGGCACCGUGUCGAACCUAAACAUUAGUGCUUUGUUUCCCUUCAACAGUUUAGUGACAAUCAACAUCAGUGGCCCUGACGCGAACCCAGCUACGACGGCAGACGAUCAGAAUCGUACGGAUGGAAGAUUCCCUAUCGGUGUGCCGUUUGGCUGUGGGGAACAGAAUUUCGCUGAUUUUGCGAACGCUUUCGGUGGCACUGGAAGCUUGGCCGACGGUUCCGGUCCAGAGCUUGGCUCCAAACUGGAAGUUUCGAAAGCGAUGGGCGACGGUGGCCAGCACCUGCUGAUCGCCAACUGGCAGGACUGUGUGAUUGUGGUGCUGUUUUGUUUACUGAUCGUAGUAACUGUGAUUGGCAAUACGCUGGUGAUUCUGUCGGUGAUUACAACCCGGCGCUUGCGGACGGUUACGAACUGCUUCGUGAUGAGCCUGGCGGUGGCCGACUGGCUUGUGGGAAUUUUCGUGAUGCCACCGGCAGUUGCGGUCCACUUACUGGGAUCGUGGCCGCUCGGGUGGAUACUGUGUGAUAUAUGGAUCUCAUUAGAUGUUCUACUGUGUACAGCGUCAAUCCUUAGCUUAUGUGCAAUUAGUAUAGAUAGAUACCUAGCGGUAACACAGCCACUGAACUAUUCUCGCCGCAGACGCUCCAAACGGUUGGCCCUACUGAUGAUCCUGGUCGUUUGGGUCCUAGCACUGGCCAUCACGUGUCCACCCAUCCUCGGCUGGUACGAACCGGGCAGACGGGAACUGGACCAGUGCCGUUACAACCAGAACGAAGGAUACGUCGUGUUCUCGGCCAUGGGUUCGUUCUUUAUCCCGAUGGCGGUCAUGAUUUACGUGUACGUACGGAUUUCCUGUGUCGUCGCAUCCCGCCACGAUAAGAUGACGGAGAUCGAAGUGCAUAAGAAAACCUACCGGACACGUGACACCGACGAGGAAUGUUAUCAUUUUGCCUCGGAGAUCGAUCCAGCACAAAUGAGCCCGAAGCGGAAACGGUCCUCGUCCCAGCUUUCGACUGCAACCACGACAUACGUGACCCAUUUGGGUGGUGGUGGUGGUGCUAUGGGCUCCUGUAGUAAUGCAACCGGCACCGGAGACGACCGUUCGAAGCCUCUCAAAAAGAACCACAAGAAUGGGCACUACGAACUAGUCGACAUCAGCUCGAUGGAGAAAACCGCAUCCUGCUCCAUGGGCAGUGUGGGAACUGGAGGUGAACCGGACGGGUCCCAGUGCAGCCAGCCGUCGCAGCAGCAAUCGCCAGCGAUAAAGCGAAGUUCGUCGAUGCACUACAAACUGGCCACCACGACGGAACUCUGGUCGUCAGCCAAUAACGUUUCCAAUCAACAACCAAAGCCACAAACGGCAAAUCAUCCCGGCGGUCUGAAGCGAACCAAUACCAUUAGUAACUCAAUUAUGGCGUCGACCACGUCGUCGGUGACUGCCGGACGCAAUAUGCGCAUCCAUCAGAAGUCACUUUCGUCGCGUAUUCUGUCAAUGAAGCGCGAGAACAAAACGACUCAAACACUCAGCAUUGUCGUUGGCGGGUUCAUCGCCUGCUGGCUGCCCUUCUUCAUCAAUUACCUCCUGACGCCGUUCCUGCCGAAGGAACUGGCCGCACCGAAGCUCGGCGAAUUUUUCACCUGGCUCGGAUGGAUCAACAGUGCCAUCAAUCCGUUCAUCUAUGCAUUCUACAGUGUCGACUUCCGAGCGGCCUUCUGGCGGCUGACGUUGCGGCGAUUUUUCCGAAACAGUGAAAAAGCACCUUUCUCCAACAUUCACAACAUGUCAAUGCGAAGAUAAACGGCGGCGAAAACCGGCAUCCGAAGAUAGCGAUCAUUCAUUAUGUGUCUGUGUUUAUGGUCAGCUUUUAGGCUAAGUUUUUCCGGUCGCAGGGGAGCACGAGAAUGGCUACUUGUAUCGUCGUAGGUUUAUGCCAUGCCAUGCCCGAGCGCAUUAUCUCUUCUUUUGUCGAUUCUAUCGAUGUCAUUGUUGCUGUAGUUGUACGUAGAGCUGUGUGUGUGUGCGAAGUAAAGUGACACAAGCAUUGGUAUCCUUUUCUGCGAAGGCUGUAAUUUUGCUUCGGAAGGAUAUUUCUUAUUUUCCUGCUGAGUACAAUAGUUUUUAAUAUCGAUAAUAAAGUUAUGUAUUGG